AUGGCUGCGGGCGUGGCUGACCACCUGCCCUUCUUCUUCGGCAACAUCACGCGGGAGGAGGCGGAGGACUACCUGGUGCAGGGCGGCAUGGGCGACGGGCUGUACCUGCUGCGCCAGAGCCGCAACUACCUGGGCGGCUUCGCGCUGUCGGUGGCGCACGGCCGCAAGGCGCACCACUACACCAUCGAGCGCGAGCUCAACGGCACCUACGCCAUCGCGGGCGGCCGCGCGCACGCCAGCCCCGCCGAGCUGUGCCGCUACCACUCGCAGGAGCCCGACGGGCUGGUGUGCCUCCUCCAGAAGCCCUUCCCCCGGCCGCCCGGCGUGCAGCCCAAGACCGGGCCCUUCGAGGACCUGAAGGAGAACCUCAUCCGCGAGUACGUGAAGCAGACCUGGAACCUGCAGGGCCAGGCGCUGGAGCAGGCCAUCAUCAGCCAGAAGCCGCAGCUGGAGAAGCUCAUCGCCACCACCGCCCACGAGAAAAUGCCCUGGUUCCACGGGAAGAUCUCCCGGGACGAGUCCGAGCAGAUCGUCCUGAUCGGGUCCAAGACGAACGGGAAGUUCCUGAUCAGGGCCCGGGACAACAACGGGUCCUACGCCCUGUGCCUGCUGCACGAGGGCAGGGUGCUGCACUACCGCAUCGACAAGGACAAGACAGGGAAGCUCUCCAUCCCCGACGGGAAGAAGUUUGACACGCUCUGGCAGCUGGUGGAACAUUACUCUUAUAAACCAGAUGGUUUGCUCCGAGUCCUCACAGUUCCAUGCCAAAAAAUCGGCGGGCAAGGGGGACACGUGAAUUUCGGAGGCCGCCCCCAGCCGCCCAGUGCCAGCCCUGCGGCUUGGACAGCCGGUGGAAUCAUCUCGAGGAUCAAAUCCUACUCUUUUCCCAAGCCCGGCCACAGGAAGGCCUCACAGGGGACCCGGCCCGAGAGCACCGCGACCUUUAACCCCUACGAGCCGGAGGGAGCACCCUGGGCCUCUGACAGAGAGCCCCAGAGAGAAGCGCUGCCCAUGGACACGGGGGUGUACGAGAGCCCCUAUGCGGACCCCGAGGAGAUCCGGCCCAAGGAGGUCUACCUGGACCGGACGCUGCUGACGCUGGAGGACAAGGAGCUGGGCUCCGGCAACUUCGGCACCGUGAAGAAGGGCUACUACCAGAUGAAAAAAGUUGUGAAGACGGUGGCUGUGAAAAUCCUGAAAAACGAGGCCAACGACCCGGCUCUGAAAGACGAGCUGCUGGCAGAGGCCAACGUCAUGCAGCAGCUGGACAACCCGUACAUCGUGCGCAUGAUCGGCAUCUGCGAGGCCGAGUCCUGGAUGCUGGUCAUGGAGAUGGCCGAGCUGGGCCCGCUCAACAAGUACCUGCAGCAGAACAGACACGUCAAGGACAAGAACAUCAUCGAGCUGGUCCACCAGGUGUCCAUGGGGAUGAAGUACCUGGAGGAGUGCAACUUCGUGCACAGAGACCUGGCGGCGAGGAACGUCCUGCUGGUGACGCAGCACUACGCCAAGAUCAGCGACUUCGGGCUGUCCAAGGCCCUCCGCGCCGACGAGAACUACUACAAGGCGCAGACGCACGGGAAGUGGCCGGUGAAGUGGUACGCCCCCGAGUGCAUCAACUACUACAAGUUCUCCAGCAAGAGCGACGUCUGGAGCUUCGGGGUGCUCAUGUGGGAAGCGUUUUCCUACGGGCAGAAGCCGUAUCGGGGGAUGAAAGGAAGUGAGGUGUCCGCGAUGCUGGAGAAAGGAGAGAGGAUGGGGUGCCCUCCGGGGUGUCCGAGAGAGAUGUACGAGCUGAUGACCCUGUGCUGGACCUAUGAGGUGGAGAGCAGGCCUGGCUUCGCAGCGGUGGAGCUGCGGCUUCGCAAUUACUACUACGACGUGGUGAACUAA